GUCAAUGUCAAACCCGGAAGCGAAAUUGAAGGCGAGUGCUCGGCAAAUGCCAAAGUAGCGUCAGUGGAAUAAAAACAACCAUAAGAGAAACUAGAGAUGCCGUCAGAUUAACAGAUUGGGGACUAAAAUCCGUUUUAAUCACACAAACGUGCCGGGACACGCUGUUUGUUGGUCUCGACAUUAACUGGACUAUGCUUUACCCCAGGUUUAUGUGUGUUAUUUUGUUGGGGCUGUACUUGUGUGGAUGUCUUCAAUCUGUUUCUGCCUGCAAACACGAGCCAGAAACUCCAGACUGGAGGCUGACUCUGAAAACGAUCCGUAACGGAAUACACAAGAUUGACACGUACCUGAAUGUAGCAUUGGACCUGUUUGGAGGCGACGAUGGACUGUGUCAUUACAGGUGUAGUGAUGGUGAGCCAGUAUAUUACUCUCAAAAAUGGACUUCUCGGAUCUGUGUCAUUUACUAUCCUGUUAUUCUGUGUCAGUCUCGUUUAUUGGCAAAAAUCAAAAUCAAUAGUACUAUUCACUUUUGCUUUCCUUUUAGUGUCAAGAUAAAAAGUUCGACAUAAUAUUGAUGGACAUAAACCAGAACAAUUACAUUAUGUUCUUGAGUAGCACAGUAAACCAUGAAGUCAUCUGCUCUGAUUUCAUUAUCUCAAACAGAAAGAUAACUGCCUGUGACAGAACAAGAAACCUCCUCACCUUUGCUCCUCUCUCACAGGCUACAAGCCAGCGCCUCGUCCUGGGUACAAACCACCACCACCAAACGGAUGUGGAUCACCACUCUUUGGAUUUCAGGUACUGAUACAGCAGGUUUGAUCUAACUGGUGUGUUAAAAACAAGAAAGUCAAGUGAUUACUCUGCACAGGUGCUGCUAAAAAAACGAACAAACAUUAGGGGAGAGAGGGGUAAGUUGAGCCACCCCCUGUUGCUUGGAAAUGGUAAAAGAAAUUGAUCAUGAGACCAAAUAUUUAGGAGACAGACAUCAAUUUAUGGAGUCUAUGAAGAUUAGAAGCACAUGGGUGAAGGGGUUAGACAUUUAUUUACAAAAAAACAUUUUUUUACUCUUGAAAGUGAAUUUAGUCUGUCAUAAGUUUUAUUAGAAUUGUGUUCAGACCAAAAAAGAUCAUUUUAAAUUUGUUUCACACAUCAAUUGUGGUAUCUAUGAGCUACAACAUGAGGUCAGAAACCUAGCAUAAAAGUCCACAAUUUUAGCUUAAAGGACUAAUAAAGUCAUCAUAGUAGUUCUGGGGUAAUUUGAGCCAGUGGUUCAACUGAGAAAGUAAAGGAGUCUGAUGAGAGGAUCAGAGUUUCAGUUCAGAUUGUUGAAAUGUGUUACUUUUUCUUUUCAAAAAUACAGCUGUGAGUGUUCUUAAUCACUUAAAGACAUUCUCAUGUUAAAACAGCUUUUUACAAAACAGCUUUUUAUCAGUCAUAGGCAAUAAUAAUAAAAAGAAUUGUUUUACCAGUUGAAUAGCGUAUAAUAAAUAAAAAAAAACACAUGAAUGUGAAGAAGAGACUGUUAUUUAGGGAGAGAGAAGGUGAGGCAGGGCUGGGGUGAAGAGUGGGGGGUAGUAGGGAUACGGCUCAAUUUACCCCGCUCCUGUGGUCAACUUACCCCAUACACAGGAUAAGUUGACCGUAGGAGACCACUUUUUUGUCAUGCUAUAUUAUCAAGACAAUUAUGUUUACACUCAUUCUGUUGGUUUGCAGGGAUGAACAACAUCUUGAGAUAUAUGCAGAUACACUAGUUAGAGACAAAACUAUGAUUGUCUUGAUGUAGUGAUCCGAAAUAUGAAAAAUGGCUCAUCUUACCCCACUCUCCCCUCUAUUUUGAAAAAGUUCAAUAUAUCCAGAAGUUGUUUAAGAAAUUGAAAAUGUCUCAUCGUUAUAUGUAAAUCUUUUUUUUGUUUGUUUUAAUUUGGAAGAUUAUGGCCUGAAGUAAAAAAAAAAAACAUAUCUCAGAAUAUUAAUAUAUUACAAUAAGGGGUUGAGUAAAUUACUAUUUGAACAGUAUGAAUAUGUGGAUCUCUGGUCUAGUUCAGUAGACCACACACAACUACAUUCAUAAGGAAGACUGCUGACUUGAUAGUUGUCUAGAAGACAAUCAUGGACUCCCUCUUUAUGGAGAGUCAGCCACAGAGGGUGAUGCUGAAAGUUUUUUUCAAAGGAGAUUAAAAUUUGCAUUUCACUUGGAAAUCAAAGUCCUAGAGUCUGGAGGAGGAACAGAAAAGGACAGAAUCCAAGGUGGUUAAGGUCUAGUGUGAAGUCCCCGCAGUGUGUGAUAAUUUGGGGUGCUUUGCCAUCCAUGUUUGUUAGUCUACUCUGGUUUAUCAAGUCCAGAGUAAGUACAGCCUCCUACCAGAGGAUUACAGGCACUUGCUGUAUGAAGAGGAUAAGUUCCUUUUCUAGCAGGACUUAGCACCUGCCUACAGUGCCAAAAUAACCACUGAAUGAUUUGCUGACUAUAAUAUUGCUGUGCUUGUGUGACUUGGGCCUAACCUAAACCCUCCUUGUCAUCUGCGGGAUAUUUGUCAUAAAAUUGUGAUAUCAUUAAGGUUUUUUUUUCUUUCAGUUUGACAUCGGAAUCCCAUCCAUGACUAAAUGUUGUAACCAACAUGACCGCUGCUAUGACACCUGUGGCCAAGAGAAGCAUGACUGUGAUGAACAGUUUCAAGACUGUCUUGAAACCAUCUGCAGGAAUGUGCAAAGAACUCUUGGAUUGGCCCACAGUGUCCAAGGUGAGACGCCAAGGCUUUUGUUUUCACUUGACACAGAAUGGGAUGAGGUAGCAGAAGAGUCAGAGAAACUGUCAGUGAUUUUACAUUGUCUUAAAUGGUGUCAAACAUGCAAUUAAGCUCAUCAAACUUAAAAGAAAAAAGCUCAGGUAGUAAUGAAUUGAAGAUGGCUAAACUCUAAUCGGCCAGCUCUGUUUUAACUGUUUAAAAGGGGUUACAUUGUGACACGUUUGAUUUGUUGUUUAAAAGUAAAGAAGCCAUGUCUCAGUUCUUGGAGUUUUACUUAUAAACCCUAUAAAAUAAAUACAUUUCUGCUGUAGUUGAUGGUUGAAUGGAAAGUGACAUUGAAUACUAUUUUAAGUCAGGAAGUGUUUGAACACAGUGUGUCCAGCAGAGGACAACAGAGAGCUAAGUUUUGAACAAUGAAAUCUUCAAAAUGAGCAUCUUUGACGGUCAUUUAUGCCGAGAAAACUUGUAUUCAAUCAGUGCUGCAUAGAAAUCUCUUCAUUUGGUUUACAGUUAAGUAUUUGCAUAUUCCAGUUCUACUACACAUCUCACUUUGUUUCUUGUUUGUGUAUUUCUAAUCUUUUCUGUCCUCCUCUGCAGCUUGUGAGUCUGCAGUGACUCUGCUCUUCGAUGCUGUUAUGCACCUGGGGUGUAAACCAUACCUGGACAGCCAGAGAGACUCUUGUGUGUGUCAGUAUGAGAUGAAGAAAGAACUGUGAACCCUCACAGAAACAAGACUGUGAAACGGACUGAAACACAAAAGCAAUAGAUGGAUGCCAGUAAACUGUAGCUCCAGAGGAUUUUCUCAGGGAUCAAGGGUCUUUGGCCUUCACAACUGCGCAUACUUUAGCUCUUGUUAUUGGAGAUAUAAAAUGUGAACAUCUACUUUUGUCAAAAUAUCUAGUUUUGAAAGGUAAAGAAAUAAUUCUCUGUAAUUUAUAUUUUGUUAAUUAAUUGUUUAAUUCGUCUGAGUAGAAUUGCACUGGAAUACUAAAGUUUGAAUCUUUUGGGCACUGUUCACUUAAUUCUGUGUUUUUAAAGUCUUAAAAAUCAUGUAAAGAGACUUCUGGUGUGUGGUUGGGCUCUUUGUUUUAAGUAAAGCAAAGAAAGUAAAACUUGCUGUAGAUUUAUCACAUUUUAAUGAUUUAUCUACUGAAGCAGGGGUUGUAAAUCGUAUACUGUGACAAAGAUCAUUAUCUCUAUCGGUUAUUUAAGAAAGUGUAAAUAAAAUGUAAAUAAAAUAAAAACACAAACUAGUGUUUUUUAAGCAUUUUUCUGCAACCCCAAUUAAAUGUUGAGAGCAGAUUCGAUGGUUUUCUAAUCACUCAAAGCUUAAGUUUAAUAGAAAAUAAUACACAGAAAACACAUUAAAUUUUGAAAUGGAAAACUGUU